ACGAGUCAUAAAAGAGCCAAGGUUGCCUCUCCCUGGUCUAAGAAGCUCUGUGGUUACUUUGUUCUACAACGUUUGCUAAAGUUAAAAGAAAAACCAUAAUGUUUGGAGGUUGAAUAAAUGAAUUUUUAAGCAGAUAUGAAAUCUGAUAUUGGCCGGAGUGUAUAUGUGUGGUUGUGUGUAUGUGUGUGUGGUGGUGGUGGGGAAUCAGAAAGAAGCAACCAGGGGAACCAGUUUAUAGCUUGGCCUGCACCCAACGAGAACAUUAAAGUACAGUUCUUCCUUUCUCCCUUUCUUCCAGCCUGUAAUUUUCCCCUUGGAUCUUCCACCGUUCUUAUUUGAGCUAGAUGGGCUUUUCCCACCACAAAAUCUUACAGAUCAGAGCCUCAGCUUCUGAGGAUCAAAGUUCACUCUCCUAGUUUCGGCUGUGUCCCGCGUUGUUGCUUGCCCCCGAACCACAGCUGCCCCACCUGAGAGUCUUGGGAGUUAUAGAUGAACACAUCUGGGAAACGCAACAGCUUAAGGAAGGCCGAGGAACUUCAUGGGAGACGGUUGCGUUGGGCGGCCAUCUUCCUCUCCCUGCUCAAAGAAACGUGGGCAAUCAGGGGAAAAGAAUGGCUCAGCUUCAGUUGACUGAAAGGCUUGAGAACCCCAACGUGGCCAUCAGCGCCGUCACCCCAGCUUUUCCCAAGAGUACUGCUCCAAAUUCUGAGCCUGGGCCCUAGAAUCCAAGUCUGAGCUGCAGCCACCCGGUGAAAUAAUUCUACUCCUAAUCUUUCCGUUCUUGGCUUCUUUGCAAUAGACUGGGCCAUGCCAGACUCCGCCUCCUUACCUGUUAGUGCAUUAAAAGUGACGUGUCCUAGCCCAGGUGAGCAGUUUGCAGCAGAUUGGGAUGGGCAGUCGGCCUGCUUCCUGGGUGAUGGUCACCUUCUUCGUCUGAGGCCGGGUCUACGUCUUUAGGAUCCGUGCCAGGUGGGAACGGUUAAGGAUGCUGUUGGCAUCUGCUUCAGGAUUCCCUGACUUCCAUGGGUUCUGGCAUGUCUACAACAAGAUCCAGUGAAGUGGACAGCUGAUGAAGAUGUAACUAGAUAAACCCUCAAGUUGAUGUCUUUUGGAUCAGUGUUGGGCAUUUCUUCUGCUAGGACAUGAAAGUCUAGUUCCUAGAUCUUUGGUUGCAACGCACCAUGAAGGUCAAGAGCAAAGGAACCAAGCGUCGGAACACCGUCAGUGAAGAUGCUUUAGGCCAAGAAUCUACCCAGAGCAGAGAGGAUCUUCUGAGAUGUUCACGGCGCAAGGAAAAGAGGAACAAAGAAAGCCCAAAGGUGACCGCCAAGCUCCCUUGGAGUAGCAAAGAUCGGCGCUUGCGGAGGCUGGAGAGCAACGAACGCGAGCGCCAACGCAUGCACAAACUCAACAAUGCCUUCCAAGCGUUGAGAGAGGUCAUCCCCCACGUCAGAGCUGAGAACAAGCUCUCUAAAAUUGAGACCCUCACCUUGGCCAAGAACUACAUUAGGUCCCUCACCUCCACCAUUCUCAGGAUGUCCAAUGGACACCACCCGGUGGUUGAAGGCACGGGCUCCGAAGGCAAGUCCAAACUCUACGAACACUAUCAACAGCAGUGUGAAGAAGGAGAUGAACCCAAGGAGCAGCUUCAGAAGUACUCCACCCAGAUUCAUAGCUUCAGACAAGGCAGCUAAAGCUGGCUGGACCUCUGUGGUUGUCUUCCAGGGCUUAACCGUCCAGUGAAUGUGUGGGACUUUUCUCCAUAGUUUUGCAAAACGGAAGCCCAGUUUUGAACCUCUGAUUUAUGAGAGGACCUGGGCACGAACCCAUCUUACAUUCCUAAGUAGAGGGUUGCAGGAUCCAAUCUGGAUCGAUCACCGGGACCAAAGGUUUUAUCUGCCGAGCUUUCGGAUUCCAACUUUAGGGAACUUCUCUCUAGCAAUGUGUGUGCCUUGGGCUGUUCUCUGAGUGGUACUACACACAAAUCGCACACACUGCUAGAGGGAAGUUCUCCACCAUAAGUCCAAAAGCUUGGAAGACUAAGCCUCUUGUCCUGGUGACCAACCCAGAUUGGAUCCUGCAACAUUAUCCUGAGACAUGUCUGUUCAUCUUCAUUCAUAAGUAUAGGGUCUUAUAGGCCGGAUAGGGUCUCCUACUUGUGCAGGAGGUUGGUCUAGAAGACCUCCAAGGUCCCUUCCAACUCUGAUAGUCUGUUAUAAUCCAUCUGGAAUGAAACUUUUUUUUUAUAGUUUAGUUUAUUAAAAAGUUAAGAACAUUUUAAUUUCUUAAAAAAGAAAAAAACAAACAAAACGAGAUUCCUAGAAUGAAUGUAAAUACUGCAAGCUGUUAGUUCUCCAGACCGUUGUUCAAGUUCAAUUCCUAUUAGUUGUAGCCCUUACAGUAUGUCCCAUGGAGAGGGAUGUUAGUGUUAGCUCCUCAACAUCUGGAGAAGAAUAGAUCCCACAUUUCUGACUUUAAGGUCAAACUAGAUGAAUUCAAUGUUAGUGGUUAGAAUUUGUAUGAACGUUGGAUGCGUGUUUUUAAUUGAUAAAUCAGCAUGAUAAAUCAUCUAACCAGGGGGGGAGCAGGACUUGUACAUAAAAGGGGCUUUAACACCAUAGUCUCCUUUGGGAUCAGGAGAAAAUAUUUUUUUCCCCAGGAAUUGUUUUUAGAGUUUUGAUCUACAUAGCCUAUGUUUCGUGUUUCGAUAUUUUAAAAUGCACAGAUAGCCUUUUCUUUAGCUGUAAUUUGUCUGUAUUGUGCAUGCUGAACACAGAUUUAGAUUUUCAAUCAAUGAA